AUGAAGUUUGAUUUCACGGCAGAGAGGUUUGCGCGUCUUCCCCUUCCGUUUCAGAGUGAUGAUGUUUCUGAAGAUAACGUGCUUCUUUCAGCAGUCAGGGAUGAAAAGCUCGCCGUGUCACGCGCUCUUGUCGGCUCAGAUGUGGUGAGGAUAUGGAUAACCAAUAAGAUUGACAAGGAGGCCAAAGACUUGUUGUCGUGGAGGACCGACUUCGUCUUGGAAGUGGAUUGUGCUAAAUAUAACGUGACUAUGGAAAACUUCUUGUUGGACGAGGAGAACAAAGUGGUAGUGUGUUGUGGCAAGUACAGCGAGGAUGGACAUGUGACCAUGAUCUACAUUGUUGGAGGGGAUAUGUUUAAGCAAGUUUAUUUAUAUAGAUGUUCUUAUCCUUAUAACUGGCCUCUUCUCAUCACUUAUGUUCCAAGCUUGGUUCGCAUUCCAUAA